AUUUUUGCAGGGAACGUCAAGGAACUAACAGCGAUGUAACGAAAGAGGUUGGCUUGAAAAUGUGUGAAGCUUUUGAAUAUUUUGAUAAGGUAGGUCGCGUCGACAGAACAUGCUAUUGGCAUUGACUUUCAUAAUCUGUGAUCAUGACCGUGUUUAGUAGAUAUAUAACACGACUUAGCCGUCUAUCUAAUAUAAAAAUGUGCUCGACUUCAUUUCACAGAGUAGUAGUUGUCGAAUCGAAAUAUUUUGUAUUUUGUUCUGGCUCUUACUUGGAAUCUUUUGAUAUUCCUGUAAUGUAGUUCUUGUUUUAACUUCAGGAAGAUUACGCAAAGUCUACUGAGUUGCUGGCUCCAUUAAAAUACAAGUUUGUAAAAGUUGGUGGAAGCAACGCUCAAGUAAGUUUUACGACAGGGAAUAUACAGGGAGCAAAUCCGAAAUUCAAUUAAGAACUUUAAGUAAAUUUCUGGAGUGACUUGAAAGAAAGUUUUAAAUACCUUCGGUUAAAUGGAUGGAGAAGUAAUAUGUUUUGUAACAAAGCAACGUUGCCUACAAUGCAACCGUUAUUAACAUAAUUUUAUGCUAAAAUGCAAUGAAUAUGACCAUAAAUUGAGGCUGUGAUAUUUCAUUCCGACUUUUAAUUUUCUGAUCGAGGGUGCAGAAAGUUUGUUGAUUUUACCUGGAUGUUACACACAUCCCAUAGACUCCCCUGUAUAUAAUAUCCACUUUUGGCGUUUACUAGCCUUCUCCGCAGGCAUCUCACCCGACGAAUCGGGUGGUGGGAAAAAGUUUGGUGAGAUGCCUGCCAUAAAUCGACACAAAAAUUUGCACUGCGCAUACCGGCUCGCGCAUGCAAAUUUCGACAAACUCAAACUUAGGGGGAGUAGGAAGGGCUUACGGCAAGGAGUGAAGAAAAUUUUGUUUUCAACACGAUGGCUUACAAGACGAGUAAAACUGUAAAAUUAACGAAUAAUCCUGGUCUUCAACAUUGCAAAUACAAAGGGAACUUUGACUAAGGAGCUGAGAACGUUAUCGAGAGCCGACGCAGCGAUUUACUGGGAUUGUUUAGAGACAACGAGUGACUUUGCAGAGCAGUGAAUUCACGUUGUCGUCGAUUCAUGUCAAGACAUUUAUCAAGACAAGGUUUCAAUUGAAAGUUUAUCGUUGAUAUAUACAAAUUUCUAUUCAAAUUGUUGACGACAUUUUAUAUCAUAAUAAGCUGAAAGUGCAGUGAUUUAGUCGAAAUUAUAACACGAAAAGGAACGAUCGAAAAUUGUCAAUAUAUAAAUGUAAAUUCAACUGUUGACAUCUGUGCCUGCGUAUUAAAUAUAUAAACACCUCUUGCCUUGUUUUAUAAAUAGUACGCUUGUAUGGAAGGAAAUCUUUAAUAGAAGUCUCAAACAAAUAGCUUUCUUAUUGUGGAAUACACUGUGCAAUUUAUUCCUUGGUCGCAAUGGGCAAAGACAAAGUUUACAAACUUGAGUGUUUCAGAUGUGGCGAAAAUUAGCAAAAGCUUUCUUAAAUCAGUGGCUCCGUUUUAUAUAUGGGUGUGAGUUAUGUAGACAUAAGGGAAAGGACAACUGGAAUUUAAUAAGAAUCUAAUAGUUUUCCAUAUGGUGCAACAGGGUAUAAAGACCUGUCUUAAUAACAUUUGCCUUGGAUUUGUUAAUUAACCAUUGGAGACAUUACAUACAUUCCAUUUUGCUUGCCAAAGUUCACAGACAAAAUAUUUACAUGGUAAAAUCCAUUUUGCAAGGCAAAUUUCCCUAUAACCAUACAAACAGUCACUGACGAAACUUCCCAGUGAUAGACGUGUUUUCAGGGAUGGAUCCAGCAUGAUCUGGUAGGGGGGUGCUCUGCCAGCUCUGGUGUCGAGUGACUCGAGUUGUGUCGUCAUGUGUGCAGCCCGCCAUUAAUAUACAGCAACAGCAGUAUUUUGACAAUUUGGCAAAACAACCUCCAUGUGGUACAAGUGUACUGUGUACAAUAUCUCAUUUUGUCUCUAAUAUUUUUUGCUUUAUCAUGAAAAAUAGCACACACACACACCCUGGCCAGGGCUAGGGAGGGGGGUGUGCACCCUCCCCCCCCCCAGUAAAUGCAUCCCUGCAUGUUUUGCUAUUAAUUGUUACAUUACAACCACCCAGAAGUCUUUCAAUGGUGGGUAUAUAUUAAUUGUAAGCUGUGAAACUUUAGAUAAACCCAUUGUCUGCACUCUCCCCCUGAAUAGUAAAAUUGUCUGAUGUUAGACAGAGUAAAAGCAGGGGCGUGCCGACAAUGGAUGAAACAACAAGAACUUGUUGUGGGCCCCUGGCAUUGUAGGCUCUUACAUGAUACAUGCCGAUCUAGAUAUAUUAUAUUUAAAACAAACAUAUGUUAAGAGCAAUUUUAUUUAAACAUGAACAAGGGAGAUACAUAUAAUUAGAGAAUAUACAGAUACAUCAUAAAUUUCUUUAUUUAUCAAAUCAUGGAUGUCAUGUGGCCAGUACGUGUAACACAACUAGGCAUAUACUAUAUUAGAAAGAGGUUGUACAUGUGUCACAAUGCAACUUAAUGCGUUUAGCAUGUUCACAUGAUAUUAAUUAAGCCCUUAUUAAGGGGGUGGGUUCGAGUUAACUAUUCAACCAAGUGAAGCCUGGUUUAUAUAUACCUGCUGUUUGUUGAUGCGCUAUUGUUGUUAAAAGUUCAACUAAAUAAUUCACAAAAGAAUGUAUGCAUCAACAGCUGUAAACAAUGAUAAUGCAGGCAUAUGUAAACCAGGCUUAAGAUGCCAACAAAAUCUUGAUUUUUGUAGUAAUCAUAUUUCUGUAGUUGAUAUUUCCAAGUUGUUAUCUCUCCUCACUUAUUGAAAUGGUUGCUUCAACAGAAAGAUCUUUUCCUUUUAUAUAUCAAUUCACUUAACAUGUUGCCAAAUGUCUGAUGAUUUGACUAAAAUUAGUAAAAUAUAAUCAAAAUGUCAACCCCUUCAUAUAAAUAAACAUGCCAAAAUAAUAUUCCAGAAAACAAUACAAUUUAAUAUAAUCCCUUUAUUAAACAAUUAUACCUUUCGUAUCGUUCCAUUCUUCGUUUUGCGUUCGAAAUUAUGCCAGAUAAUUUCUUCAAAUUGUAGUUCCUCGGCUGAACAAUUGAUACAUUGUAAACAUUUGGCUGAUUCGAGCGAGCGAUUCAAUUAAAUUUGAACGUCGUUUUUAGACCGCGAGAGACAUUGUGAUAUAUAAUCCUUUCAAUUGACCAACUAAUUUUAGUAUAACUUGGAUAUUUCGAUGCAUUAUAAAACAUUUUGUAAAGUUAAUACUCGCAAGCUUCGCUCCACGCCUGAAGAUUUCAAACUGAAUAUAUAAUUAGGGUCAAAAACCUACUUAGGGGGUGGGGUACAUUGACACGGCCACAAGGUACAUUGACACGUCCAUUUUGUUCGAUUUAUGGCAGGCCGCUCUCCCAGAAAAUUUUUUUCAAAACCCAUUCGCAGGCUAGAACCCAUAGAGAGGCCUGCGGAGGAGGCUAGGCGUUUACUAUCUUCAAAUAUUUUAUUCACUACUAUUAUUAUAAUUAAUAUUUAAUAACAGCGGAAAAGUAACAAUUUCAAUAAUUUCGCCCUUCUAGAGAGACGUGUUUCAUCUACUGCUUAUUCACUCUGCCAUGCGCUCGCCUCUUAAAUCACAUCAGUGUCUUGCAAGGUAAGGUCAUAUCAAACAGAGCUUCCCAACCGUUGGGUGCAUGCAUUUUUUCAAACAGAUUCCUUUACAUAAUUAUGUGGUGGUUAACGAGGGAAAUACGAGACUCUUAAUAAUCAGAUAAAUACGGGUGGUAUGAGACUGCAUGCGCGGCUACCGAUUUGGUUAAUUGUCACUUAGUUUAAGUAAAUGAAUGAAAUCCGGACGAAAUUGCAUUUGUACCAGUGUACUGGGCGAUCACGUACGUCAAACCAAAAAUUUAAGAUCCCCUUGCAUAGGAGAACUAUCAUCAUUACCAUUUUUUGUCGUUGUCAUAGACGGUGUCUAGAAUCGUGGCUAUAUCAAUAUAAAUAAUCGUGCAUUAAGCUUUGGAAAGGAUAUAACCCUAUCAAUAUACGAUAGCAACUCCGCCUUGUCCUGUGAUGACGUCAUCCAUUGGUAUGCAAGCAGCUUGCACGUUGCGACUUUAGAUCUUCAUACAUGGCCAUAACUGGAGAGUCGCAACGUUGGGUUUUGAAUGUAAUUUCUUCGGCAAUCGCAUUCAUAUACUUAAAUAAACCUGAUAAACUUAGCAAAUGAAUUUGGAAUGGACACUUUUAUUUAUUUAUUUAUUUAUUGUGCUUCGCUUCCAAACAUUAUACAAUAAUUGCAUUAAAGAAGCUGGGACACUACAACAGCUUAACACCAAUUACAGUGGGCCCUUUAGGGGUUGACAAAAGCUAAGAGCGAUAGCCCUUCCAAUAUAUCCCAAACGAUUGCUGACUAUAGCUAUAAGGGCGCUUUCCAUUCACAUGACCAAAUUGGCCAAAUUGUUACAGUGCGUCUACAGUAAGUGGGGCCACUUAGAGAAUACUAACCAAUCACAUUGCUAAACAAAAAUAGAAAAAAAUCAACAAACGGCGCAUUAGAGAAUCAGCAUUAGGUAAAAAACAAUUUCAACAAAUAAACAAAUGUUAAACUGUAAAAAUAUAUCUUAAAAGUAAACACAGCAGUUACUGGCUUCCUGAAGCGAACUCCAUGCUUUCUUUUGAUUGUACGAGCUUUAGUUUGAUUAGGUUUCUAUUUUUGUCCUGCAAUCUGAUUCGUUAGUGCUCUCUAAGUAGCCCCACUAACUGUAGACGCACUGUAAAAGGAAAACAAAACUUUUCGAUUCCUUCGUUUCUGACUGUAUAUUUGGAUCAGCUCAGGAGCAUGUCCACUUAUAACCCAAAUAGUGUAUUAUAGUUAGGUGUGACAUGUACUGAUUCCUUCUAAAUUAUUUCCUUUCAGAAGUUUGUUGGCUGAAAGAAAAGCCAAGAAAGAAAAUUCGCCGAUGACCGACAGACUAAUGCUGAAAGCCGUAGCAAUGCAUUAGAAUGAUUAUACAUUAAUUAAAUUAUCAAUUAUUCUUGCACGGGUUACCGCAGUUAAGGAACAGGUCAUUAAUAAUGGGAGGCGGUGGGCGGUGCGUGAGAAAAGGGGGACGGCUUCAACUAUUUUUUCCGAAUUGGGGGCGGCUUUAAACUGAAAAAUAUGUGACAUGGGGCGACCCCAAAUUUUUAAUACUUUCCAACUCAUUUUCAAAAUAUUCCUAUAGUUCCUAUAAUUGUAGUUUCAAUAGUAUAUUACGUAUAUGCAGUUCACCAUAGAAGUCGGAGUAAAUAACAACCAUUUCACAGCGGGCAGAAAAGCACAAUUGUGUUAUAAAUAAUUUGUGGUAAUUCCAGCCAUGUAAUCUAUUGUGUAACUAAUUUUUUAUAAUAGUUUGUGUUAAAUGGCAAAAUCUGUAAAAUAAAAUAAAAUAAAUACCUUGUUAUCAACCA